AUGUCUCCCAACAGAGCUGAGGGGCAGCAGUUUGUUAUCAACAAUGGGAUUCAAGAAGGUGUUCUUAAUCCGCAACAGUUCACGGCGAUCGACCCCAUGGCGGCUGUGGUUUCGCACCAGGCCGAUUGGCUUCAGUUCCAAAUGGCUGCCGUUCAGCAUCAGCAGCAGCAGCAACAGCAAAUGACAAUGUUGGAUUCCAGUUUCAGUGUUCCGGAGUCGGUUUACGAAAACCGAGUUGUGGAUGUUGGGUACAAUGAGAGCCAACUAGCUAUUACCAUGGCGAUGCCUGCAAUGUUGGAGACAUCUUCGGAAUCUCGACCGACUGCGCCUAGGAAACACAGAUUUUCGGAUGUGAUGGAGAAAACUAUCGAGAGAAGGCAAAAGAGGAUGAUCAAGAACCGCGAGUCCGCAGCGAGGUCCAGGGCAAGGAAGCAGGCUUAUACCAAUCAAUUGGAGCUUGAAGUAAAGCAAUUAAAGAAAACAAAUAGCUGGCUCAAAAGGCAAAAGGAAGUGGAGAUGCUGUUGUCCUCAAAUACAAAUGAUACAGUGCCGAAGUACCAGCUUCGACGUACGAGUUCAGCUUCGUUUUAGGAUAUUUGUUAAUGGCUUACACCAUUUUUUAUUCAUUACCAGCC